GAUGAGCGUGGAGCCGGCAGCGAUGGGGCCUGGAGCGUCAGGAAAUGGGGUCAGGACUGCGACAGCUUCAGACUCAGCACUGGGCUCUGGAGUUGCCCUGCACGCCUACGACAUCGGGGUCCUGGUCGCCUACUUUGUUUUCGUCAUCGGCGUGGGGGUUUGGACCGACAUCUUCUCUGGAGCCCUCUUCAUCCAGAUGGCCUUGGGCUGGAAUCUUUACCUCUCCACGGUGCUCUUGCUGGUGGUGACAGCCGUCUAUACCAUCGCAGGGGGCCUCACGGCCGUGAUCUAUACUGACGCUCUACAGACAGUGAUCAUGGUAGGGGGAGCCCUGGUCCUCAUGUUUCUGGGCUUUCGGGAAGUGGGCUGGUACCCAGGCUUGGAGCAGCAGUACCGGCAGGCCAUCCCUAAUGUCACAGUCCCCAACACCACCUGUCACCUCCCCCGGCCUGAUGCCUUCCACAUGCUCCGGGACCCUGUGAGCGGGGACAUCCCUUGGCCAGGCCUCAUUUUCGGGCUCACAGUGCUGGCCACCUGGUGCUGGUGCACCGACCAGAUCGGAGCAUCGCUGAUGUCCAGCAAUGUGGGCAGCGGCUUGUUCAUCGGCCUGGCUGGGACAGGAGCCGCUGGAGGCCUCGCUGUGGAUGAGGUGGGCUGCGUGGACCCUGACAUCUGCCAAAGAAUCUGCGGGGCCAGAGUGGGGUGUUCCAACAUCGCCUACCCCAAGCUCGUCAUAGCUCUCAUGCCUUCCCCUCCCUAUCCCUUCCUGGUUCCUGUGCAUCGUCUUUGUCCCACCCCACACCCUGACGCCCUGAGCGCGCCUCACGGCACCCUGUUACCUCCCGCCAGAGUGUUCGUGGUGUUCCUGGUCGUCAUCAGCGUUCUAUGGAUUCCCAUCAUCCAAAGCUCCAACAGCGGGCAGCUGUUUGACUACAUCCAGGCUGUGACCAGCUACCUGGCCCCGCCCAUCACCGCCCUCUUCCUGCUGGCCAUCUUCUGCAAGAGGGUCACAGAGCCUGGAGCCUUCUGGGGCCUCAUGUUCGGUCUGGCAGUGGGGUUACUGCGCAUGAUCCUGGAGUUCUCAUACGCAGCCCCAGCCUGUGGGGAGGUGGACCAGAGGCCGGCUGUGCUGAAGGACUUCCACUACCUCUACUUUGCACUCAUCCUCUGCGGGCUCACUGCCAUUGUCAUCAUCAUUGUCAGCCUCUGCACAACCCCCAUCCCUGAGGAAAAGCUCGCUCGCCUGACAUGGUGGACACGGAACCACCCCCGCUCCGAGCUGGACAAGGAGGCCCAUGAGGGCCCAUCACAGAUCUCAGAGAUGCCACCUGGGGAGCACCCUGCAGCAGGCGGAGGGGCAGAGAACCCCAGCCAGGGCCGGGAGCAGCACGGAGCCCCACGCAGGUCCUGGGGCAAGCUGCUCUGGGGCUGGUUCUGUGGGCUCUCGGGGGCCCCAGAACAAGCCCUGAGCCCAGCAGAGAAGGCUGCACUAGAGCAGAAGCUGACCAGCAUCGAGGAGAAGCCGCUCUGGAGAAGCGUCUGCAACAUCAAUGCUGUCCUCCUGCUGGCCAUCAACGUCUUCCUCUGGGGCUAUUUCGCGUGACUCCACAGACCUGGCUUCAGCUGAGACCAUGAAACACAGCCCAAGCCUGGCUGGCCACAGAGACAGGCUCUCCUCCUGCCUUGCGGUCCAAACUGGAGACCAUGGAGGCUAAGACUGCAGGAGCGCCUGAAGAGCCCCUAAUCCAGCCUGCACACUUGACCAGUGGAGAAAUGGAGGCCCAGAGAGAGCACUGGGUCCACUCAGGGCCACACAGCAGGACUUGCACUGGCCUCCUGACUCCACCUCUCUUCCCAUUACAUUGCCUUAAAGUCCUACCUCAAAAGCACUGUUUCCACACUCUUGGUGAGUCUACUCAGGAGCAUUUAUUCAAUGUGUGUGUGGAGGGUAAAAACUGGAGAGAACAGGAAAAGGGAUGGCAAGAAAGGUGCAGAAAUCCAUGUGCAUCUUUGCUCACCCGUAUCCCUUCCAUUUCCCCCUUCCCCUUCCUCUGCCUCUCUCGUUCCCAAUCCUCAGUCAUCUGUUUCUAGCCGCCAUCUACCCAGAAGGACCUUAUGCUUCCAUUGGCCAUUCCACAUGGUGGCCAUCAGUCCCAAAGGAAUGUGAGCAUGGUAACAGAUGGUGUUCAGGGCAGGGAGCCCUGGGGUAAGGGACUCUCCUUGGCAUGACUCAAAUUCUGCCUCUUCCUACUCUCAUAUCCAAACAUGUACAACGUCUCCAUGGCCUUAAAGAACUGAGAGUGCAGUUGGAGACAUGACUUGUUGAAAACAAGUGGAAUUGAGACAGGCUGCUCUGUGCCUAAGAGUGAGCCCUGCAAAGGGCCAGCAUGGACAGCCAAGGCACCACUGCAGCGGGGUCUGUGCCCUCUGCCCUUGCCUGCCAGGCGUCACCUACCCUGGAAAACAUGACCCUGCUUAGCUAUCCCUCCCCCAGGAAGCUGCGCAAUGCCCCACGCUGGGUCAAGGUCACACCUCUGCUCCCACACCCCCUAUCCCCGCUUCUGUGGCAGCACCGAUCACUGCACUGUGAUGCUUGUCUGCCGACUAGACGAGUCUUCCAAGGGGUAGGGACCAAGGACCAAAUGACUUUAAACCCAGAAAGUAGCAGGUGUUCCAUAAAUGUUGAAUAAGUGAUUCUCCAAGGGUCAGGUAAGCUGUGUGCUAUGGCUGCCGGGGUCGUGACACAGGGAGCCAGGCAGCUGGUGGGGCUGAAGCCCCUUCUGUUGGAGUUUACACACUGAUUCUUGGUGUCUAUAUAGAGAAACCACAGCCCCGACCUAUUGCCAGAGACAGAUGAGAAUGUCCCUUCCUCCAUCUAUCUCCCUGUCUAGGCUGCCCGAGUCUCGCUGAUCUUCUAGAAUGCUGCCUUUGAUCAUCACUUAUACUAAUCAGUCAUCAUAAUUGAAUACAAAUGAAAUUCUAGUUCUUUGAGGUUUAAAGA